AACGCUACGCUUAUAGUCCUACGUCCUCCACAUAGAAAAUCCAGAGGGGAGGAUAUACAAGGAGGCGAUGAUCGGACUUCCAUCGAUGGGUGAGUGUCUAUGGAACAGGAAAGUCGUGGCGGUGAAGUGAAACAGAACGACGUGUUUGCACACAAUCAGUUCCUCGCUUUCACUCCAGCGGUCAGAAAGACUCCACCAUCCCAUCGCGUUACUCGUCUUCUCACCUCUAGCACAACACACUUACUCACUCUCGCACCGCUCGCUGCGCGUCACCAACACCCCAACCUCAACAACAAAACACCAUCACGUCGCCCAUCCAAUGCCUCGCAAAAAGCCUCCCUGCCCCCCAAUCCGCGAAACAGUCACCUACCCACUCACUCCCACCCCGCCCUCCACAAUCUCCUGCCCAACCGCCGCUUUCCCCUUCGAGCACAUACUCUCCUGCGCACACCUCGUCACCACGCCGCUCCCCAACGAGCCCUGCGCGCCGAACUGCUUCCACAUCACCAACCGCCGCGCCACCACAGCAGCGAAGAAGCGUAUAAGCUCUAAACCCUUCUAUUGCGAUGCAUGUAUCGAGACAGCGAGCGAGGAGUGUGUAGGAGAUGCGUGGAGUGCGGAGAGGGCUGGUACGUUGGAUACACUACGCAUAGUUCCUAUGUACAAGGAUGCGCUAACAUGGCGAAUAGAAGAUCUACGCUCCACGCUGCGCGACGAGGAGGCGGCAAGACGCGACAAGUAUACGCGGUUUCGGACGUGCUUCAUCGGGUGCAAAGUCACAGCCGUACCUUGCGAUGAGGAGGGGAUGGCGGUUAAACACUAUAUGCCGUGCGAGCGGGGCCAUGUAUUCGAUACCGCGUCGCCAAGGACGGGGUGGGGCAUGUUUGCCGAUGUUGGGGGUGUGUGGACGGGGGGUCAAAGCGAGGCGGAUGGUGCUGUGGGGUCUUGUGCUGGGGGGGAUGUGGACGAGGAAGAAUGCGUCGACGAGGAUGACCACGAGACGGCGGCUGAAGGGCGGGCGUGGCUGGAGGAACAGGCUGAUAUCGCGCAGUGUAGACGUGAGGAGGAUGAGGAGGAUGCGAAUCGUUUGCGGAGGAGAGCUGCAAGGCCGGUGGUGUGGAGCUCGAGUCAGACUGAGGAGGCGGUUUGCUCGUCGCCUCCUGUGGUGAGGGGGAGGAGGUGUGGUGAUGAGACGAGUGAGGAAGAGGAGGAAGAGGAAGAGGAGGAAGAAGUCAUACCCAAACGACCGAAGAAGAGGCAGCGCGUUAUGCCUAUCAUGCCUAUCAAGCCUAUUGAGUGCAUGCUCGCUGUCAAAGAAAAGAGAUCCUCCGAUACAGCAGCACGUGGGAAAAGAUAUGCUAGAAAAGAGGAGUCGUGGCUGUCUACUCGCAUUCGCACACACGCUAUCCGGAGGAAGUAGUGUUGUGACACGCAUACCAGCAGGUCACAGCAUCCCUUUCGCAGUAUGGAAAAGAGGGGAUAUGGCGUGGAUAUCAGCGUAACAACUGGCUCGUUUGGAUACUUCUGGCACUUUCUGAAAUGUCGAAGAGUGUCG